AGGCGCGCGAACCCCAUGGCGGCCUUCACCACCACCACCACCACCACCGCCGCCGCCGCGCUGGCGUCGCCCCGUCCCGCCGUCGCGUGCUCGCCGGCGCCGAGCGCCUCUCGGUGGGCGCCGCACCGCCGCUCUCCGCCGGCCGUCGGGCUCCGGCGAGCGGCCGCGGCGCCUCGUCGGGGUGCUGCCCUCCUGGUCAAAGCUAAGAAGGAAACGUUUUCUUCAUUUGACGAGUUAUUGGAGAACUCUGAAAAGCCUUUACUAGUCGACUUCUAUGCAACUUGGUGCGGUCCGUGCCAAUACAUGGUCCCCAUACUUCAAGAGGUGCAUGAGAAGAUGAGCGACAAGAUUAACAUUGUGAAAAUUGAUACAGAGAAAUACACAAGCAUUGCAAAUCGUUACAGCAUUCAAGCAUUACCAACUUUCAUAAUCUUCAAGAAUGGAGAACCUUGUUACCGCUUCGAGGGAGCGCUGCCUGCUGAUCAGCUAAUCCUGCAGAUUGAGAGUGCGUUGGAGGCCCCAAGCCCAAAGUAGGAUGUGUGGCCAGCAGCUAAUCUUUUCCAUGAGAACAGACGUGAAGAAUGACCUCCCUAUGGGUUGACCCUCUGCUGAAGCUAAAUGGCCUGAAAAUUUUGGUGUAUAUUUAAGCACACACAGAAGAUGCAUCUUGUUUACUAUGUUUCUGUUGUGUGAAUUCUUUCGAGUGUGAAGUUUUUUUUUUUGGUGAACCACAUUUGAGCCUCUGAUUUCAGUUUGCUGUAUUCACCAUUUGGCAUGGAAAAUACCACAUCAACAUUCAUCAACUCGAAAUGUGAAACUAUGAAGUUUACUUGAA